AUGGCUGGCUCGCCAAAGAGCGCCCCGGCGUGCCGGCGUUUUACUGUUGAUUGCACGGCCACCCUGCCGCCGCCGCCGUGGCUGAGAGCUUCUAAACGGAAGAAGCCGAGCCGGGCACUGCCGACCCACGCUGAUUACACAGCUGCGCCGUCCCCGGGGCCCCCGUGCCUUGUAGCACGGCCGGAGGUACUUUCAGUUUUCCCAGCUGGAGAAGUAGAGCAGGGGUUGGUAGCCGUGCCACUCCCCAACAAAGUGUUUCCCCGUGCUCGCACCGUCGACCCUCGCAACCUUCUGCUAACGAAAUUAGCGACAGCUCCCUCCCUCCCUCCAGCAGGCAUCCUCGGCUGCAGCAGCGACGCUGCACCAACUUCCAGCGCCCUGGAACCGCCGCCGUCGCAUUUAAUUAGGGCCUCCACUCGACUAGUCGCUCGCCUCGGAAAGAGAGAGAGAGGCCGUUCCCCAGAAAUCCCCGAUAAACGUCUCCGGCGCCGGGCUGCUGCUGGCCCUUUGAGGGCGCGCCCUCCGAAUUCUGAAGGGCCGGCACGGAGGACGGGCCACCCAGACGAGGAGACGCCCGGAGCGCAUUUUCCGGCCCUCCGGCGCUCGCAGGGCGCGAAACCGGCUCCACCCCAGCCGCCCUCGCCCUUUCCCGCGCCUCGGACGCUACAAAAGACUAAUUUCUGCCCGCCUGCGCGCCUGCAGAGCCGAGGCGGCAACUUGCUCCGAGCGCGCCCGCAGUGGGGCAAAUUCGCGACAAACAUUGCGGCCGGCGUCACGUCUCGGCCUCCACUCACUCCAUCUGCCCCCGGAGGCGGCAGGGGCGGCGGCGGCGGCAGCGGCAGCGGAGUGAUGGACGAGCGCGACACCGCUGCGAGGUCGGGCGCCCCACAGUGGAUUUUCCGCUCGGCCGCCCUUUCUCUCGCCGCAGAAGCCGGCGCCUAG